CAAUGGCGUCGAGCAUGCAGAUUCCGUUUGAAAAACUGCCGGGAAAUCCGAGUUUCGCGGGAGGGCUCUUGAGCGCGUAAACCGUAUCCUUCAUUCAUCAGGCCGCUUCCUGAAGCCAUUUCUGCGCGGAGGAAACUAGUGUCGCGCGACUUUCUAAUCCGUUGCAUCUGCUUAAAUGCACCGUCAUCGGGACAAAUACACCACCAAAGUGGAUGCGUCGGACUUUCAUCUUCACUUUGGUGGCCGUAUUUUUGUGAGACUUGCGCUGGAUUAGCAGCCGGGGCGCAUUGAAAGUACACAACGCAAGAUGAGAAGAGGCAACUCCUCGGCUGCGGACAAAGUGGUUUUCGCGGGGGUCGGGAGCUCGCCUCUGGACAGCAGCAUACUCCUGAGCACCCUGGCGGAUCGCUUGAACCCCGGGCAGGCAAAUGCCACCUAUAUUCAGAUCAUUACGACCCCUCCGCCUCGCAACGGUAGCCAGACCUCGAAUGUGUGUUUAUCCGAGCCGCAGAUCAACAACAUCUACACAACUCCUCAUCAAGCUGCUGCGAACGGAACCGGACCACGACCCACGUUAGGAAGACCCCCGGCGAAAAGGCGGUUAGCUCUCGAUGAUUCGGACCACCAGUACCAGUCAGAACCUGUCAAGAGUCCCAGGGGCCGAGGAGCGGGCUCAGUUUCUAACGGAUCACGGAUGAGGACCCCCAAAAGUUCUUCUAUAGCAGCCAAGUGUCCCCCUGAAAAGACGCGCUACGACACCUCGCUGGGCCUGUUGACGAAGAAGUUUGUGGACCUGCUGGCACAGUCUGCGGAUGGCGUUUUGGACCUGAACCUUGCUGCAGAUACGUUACAGGUACAGAAAAGGAGGUUGUACGAUAUCACCAAUGUCCUUGAGGGGAUUCAUCUCAUCAAAAAGAAAUCCAAGAACAACAUUCAGUGGAUGGGCUGCAGCCUGUUGGAGGAGGAAGGAGCCCUGAGCCACAGGCAGCGGCUGACGGCAGAGGUUUCUGCACUGGCAGAGGAAGAACAAAGACUUGAACAGCUCAUCCAGAGGUGCAGUCUGGAGACAAGCAAUUUGUGCGAGUUGCCGAGCCAUCAAAAAUUUGCCUAUGUGACGUACCAAGAUAUCAAACAGAUUGGAAGCUUCCAAGACGAGACGGUUAUUGUUGUCAAAGCACCAACAGAGACCAAACUAGAAGUACCAGAUCCUGCGGAGGCUUUGUCCAUCCACCUGACAAGCACCAAGGGUCCCAUCGAAGUCUUCUUGUGUCCCGAUGAGAACGAACCCAGAAGCCCUGUGAAAAACAGCAACACGGACAUCAACGGGAAUUCGCCUUUCCUCAAAGUCCUGCAAGAUCCGGGCUUCUCCACCUCCUCCGGUCCACCACUGCCUGCGCCCUCGUCCUCCGUCGCCGUCACGACCCUGUCUCCCAUCUCGUCCACCUUCACCAGUCUUCUCCAGCAAACCGAGGACCAGAUCCCGGCCUCGCUGGGACCCUUCUUGAGCGUGGGGCCGUCUCUCCUGGACCAGGAGGACUACCUACUUGGUUUGGGAGACGACCAGGGAAUCAGCGACUUGUUUGACGCCUGUGACUUUGACAAGAUGCCUGCGCUCGGCCUGGAUGAUCUCUUGUGCAGCUAGCAGCUGCUCAACACCAUCCAGAGUGUGCGGCAAUUCAAUAAUAAUUCUGAUCCCCUGACUGUGUCGUCGGACUGAGCCUGUUCUGAGUACCUAGAAAAAUAUAUAUAUCGAGGGACUCGUUGGAGUCCCGGGCAGACCGAAGCCCAAGUUCUUCUGAUGGAGUUGGAUCCUCUUACCAUUGAUGCUCGAGCGUCCCAACUCUGCUGUCAAGCCUUGAUUCAGAUGGUGAAACAAAAUCUCAUUGCUUAAAAAGAAACACGGAGCAUCGGCGUGACGGUCAGCUAGACGGUUAGAUGAAGACCUGGACUGCAUGCUGACUGUGGAACCGGACUGGAAACAAUCACUCAUUCAGUCGACGUUGCACAAACUGGAGGUGAGAAUCAAUGAGCGCCUUAAGAACCUGGAACCUUUUUUGUUAUUUCUUAUUCUGCUGCGAAAAGCCAUUUAACCUUCAAAUAAUAUUGAACGUUUCAGGACCUACCCUUGUGCUUUUAACCCUCCCUCCAGCCGAUAUCACGAACUUACCAGUUAGUAUUGACUUUAGCCACGUUCCUAACUUUAGCGCCAGCCGUCUUAGACGUGACACAGCUUUUACCCGUUUGUUCUAGAAGGGCUUUAGGGAAGUUUCAAAGUGUCACGGUUUUAUUUCCCUGCAGUGGGAGGUGAUGUUGCUGCUGCUUGUGUGUGUGUGUGUGUGUGUGUGUGCGUCUGUGUGUGUUGGAGCAUGUACAGGUUUCUGUAUUUGUCAGUGAAAAAGGUACAGCUGUGAUUCCGAGUGGUGAUUGACUUAUUAAGUCGUUAGAUGUUGAUGUUAGACGUCUCACGUGCACAGUUGCUUGUAAGAGGUGGACCGGAUUGCAGCAAUACUGAGUGGUGCGCCCCAUUGAUUUGAUGAUGCUCAGCUUUUCCGCCCCCCCCACUGGCCGCCAUGUGCACUGCUUGUUCUUCCACCUUGUCUUGGUAUGUCCCUCACAUGCUUGAACUAAAUUCAACGGUUAACUUGUGUUCAAGUUAAAAUGAAUGUUCUUAUCAACAUCCCUAACCGAUUCUUUUUGGCCCGUUUUAAGUUGUUCUUAGCCGUGUUUGAUAUUUCUCACAGUUUCUUCACCCAUCACCGCAAUCUGUUCUGAGCUUUAUCCGCCUGUGUGACCAGAAUCUCCAUUUAUUUGGAAAGAAUGUACCUUUAAGUUUCUUGAGGAAUGUUUGGCUCGUAAGGCUCCUUCAUUCAUCCUCUCAUAUUUGUCCGAUGUUAGAUUGUACAGUAAGUAAUUGGCGUGUUCAUCACAGUGAAGUGUGAACCAGCACUGUUUUGUAAUAAGCUGUCACCAAAUAUACUGAACUAUUCUGAGCUGACUAAGGUAUUUGGUAGGAACCAAACUUUCUUGUAUGUUGCUGCCUGCUUCCUCUAAUGACACCGGAAAAACCCGAGCUGAGACAUGACUUUUGUUUUACAUUUGGAACACGAGGAUGGCGUGUGUCGUAUGUUCUUUAACUUUUGUUGAAAAAAGGAAUUACAGUUGUUUGUU